UAAUUCCUAUUCUGUGCUUUCAGCAUCCUUUCAAUGUGCUUGAAUUUUGAAUCGAUCGAAGUUAGAAUCGAUCAAAGUUCACAAACUUAAAAGGACGGAGGUCAACUUUCCCAGAGCAGCGAGCGUCCCACCUGUAGAGUCAAGAUAAAUAUUACCAAAAACUCAUUUUCUAGUCAAAUUAGUGAAGUCGGAAGGAAAGCUGUGUCAAGAUGCAUUGCAGAAAUGUUGUUGUUUUUUUCUUGGCCAUUUGCAUUGGGAGAUUGACAGAAUGCAGAAGUGGCUGGAAGACAUCAAAGAAUGGCUAUUUCAUCUACAAGGCAACCAGGGAUGCUAGCCUGUCUGAGACAUUAAAGGUCAACGGCACAUUUUCUGUCAAGCAAUACAGCCGAAACCACAAUGCUUUCCUUACAGUAGAAGAUUCGAGUGGAAAUUUUGUCGUUCAAGUCUCUUUUGAUAAUGGAUGGUCGAUGAUUGCAAGAAAACCCAGUUGGUAUUCUAGUCCUCUCAAUUCAUGGAAGGCGAUGCCAACAACAAACUUUGGGUUUCCAUUUUUCUUCGAAAUAAUUUGCACUCAAAAGAACCAAUCUUCAAGAUAUUUGAAAAAGGUAGAUGUACGUGUUUCGCACGGCGAACAAAUGACGCACACAUUGGAAUCAUACGAAGAUUCAACAUGGAAUUUAGAAAAUGCGACAAUUUACCUUGGUGGAUACAAUAGAGAAUAUUUGCGAACUGGUGAUUUCUUCGAAGGCUGCAUUUCUGGUGUGAUGUUUCAAGGCAUUGACAUUAUCGGCAAAUAUUUCCAGCAAUAUCCAAGCAACAAAAAUCCAGUGAGAGGCAGUCGGGUCGUUGGUGCAUUCAGUAAUGUGUCUCAAAUUUGCGACGACAAGAGCGCAAGUUCACUAGCAAAGAUCCCAUGCUGGAAAACUGACGGCAAAUGUUUUCUCUCCUACAAAAUGACGCCUGCGAAUUCAAUUGGUGUUAUUUUAAAUAUCACAAUGAAAUACUCGACGACAAUAUUCAGCCAGAAGAAUAACAUGCUAUUUGUUAUUGCAAAUGAACAUUUCAAAUUGGGACUAUCGGUUGAAAAAGAUGAUCUCCAAUCAACAUAUGCCGGCAAAACUUCAUUUUCAUCAUCAAAAUCUGAAAUUCUUGGCUUAAACUCAGGAGCAGUUAUCACUCAAGAGAUUUUAAUCAUGCGAGAUUCAAAGUUUGAAUGGCCGUAUCUCUAUUACGCUCAGACCCCCACGUAUUACAAUAGAAACAGAUUACUAGGCGUUCCGAAUUUUGCCAAUCUAACAGUUCAUGUUGGCGGGAUCAAUAAUAUGGUUCAUGAUUUCUUCGACAAUUGCAUCCACAGCGCUUUCAUCAAUGGUUUUGAUGUUGUUGGUGCCUACCUGAGGGGAGGAAGUCAAAAAAAUUUCACCAAAGAAUGCUUGUUGGAUACUACAGCAACUCCUACAAAGUCAUCUCCUUCAAAGUCAAAUUCUACAACAUUAUCUCCUUCAAAGGUUUAAGAUCAACUCCUUCAAAGUCAACUUCUACAACAUUAUCUCCUUCAAAGGCUACUUCUUUAAGAUCAACUCCUUCAAAGUCAACUUCUACAAUGUUAACUCCUUCAAAGCCUACCCCUUCAAGAUCAACUCCUAUAACGUCAACUCCUACAAAGCAAGGUGUAAGCAGUGCCAACUUCAGAGAAACAGCAACUUCCUUGCUUCUUUCUAUGCUUGGAGUUGCUUUCUUUGGAAUGUAAUUGCUUGAUUUCUUGAUUUUGUUACUUUGGCCUAAUUCUAAAAGAUAUCCAAUUUCUACUUUUCCAAUUUGACCUACUUUUCUUUGAUUUUCAGACUGCCCCUAUAGAUAUUAUAUAUUAACUAGAUUACCAAAAAUUCUUUGACAUUUUAUCCACCCCAGCUACUCAAAAGCAAAGAAGCUUUGUUGGGAAUAUUACUUCUACGGAAAAUUUGGCACUUGAAACUCUACUUACAUGCAUUGAAAUUAGGGUACCUGUUAUAGUAACAGAUAAAAGCAAAAUCGACUACGAUAAUUAUUUGUGAAACUGUUGUUUCUUUAAGUUGAGAAGACAACAUCAAGCUUUAUCAAGCAAAUUAAAUAAACAAAAAAUGUUUAUUCAAUGUUCUUUAGACUACUUCGCUACUUACGCUGAUAAUAUUGCUGCUAAGAGGUAGAAAUUUAGAUAUAACGGGUAAAUAAGCUGUCACAAUAUAUUUAUCGUUUUUCAUUUAUCGCUGUAAUGAACGUUUUGCUUUUGCUUAUCAUGAGCAUUUAGGCCGGUUUGAUAAUGACAUUGUAGUGGUUUAGCCCAAUCAUCCUUGCUUUGACUUUAUCAUUUGAUGCUGUUGGUAAUCAUCUUUCUCUAAUUUAGCAGUUGUAUUUAGAUGUAAGAAAGUAAUGGUUUUGCUGCAAUUUAUGUUAUAAAGAAGCUUAAACUACUCAUGCACGUAUAAAACUUAGGCUUAUUCAUUGCACGAAAUUCAAGGGACAGAAUAAUUGCUUUCAAAGUUCCUUCAUCGAAGUUUUGCUAUCAUUUGUCAUUCUGCUUGAUAGUAAGGGGGGGGGGGCUCCUCAUUCCAUUUUACUGCCCCUGUAUUUUUCAUCUAUUUGAGUAUCUUAUUAUUGGGGCUUUCAUUUAUUUCAAGAAUAAUGUUUUUUUAAAUAGGGAAUAAAUUGAGAUAGCAAAUUUUUUGACAAUAAAUAGCUUCAAAUAAUUUUUCUCGGGAUCUGGGACAAGUCAACCUAAAUGCUCUGCGCCCAAUUUUUAUAAACAUUAACAAUAAAAAUAGAAGAAAAAAGUAAAAGAAGUCCUAGCAGCUGAUAUUUCCAACUGAACAAAACAAUUUUUCUUGACGAAACUCAAAGCUACAGCAAACAGGGUUUAGGGAACAACGAAAUUUGGAGAUAGUUCGUUGUGAAUUAAUGAAAUUUGGCAAUUUUUCAAUAGAACGACGGAAUUCUCCCUGCUAGCCGGAGACGGAUUUGUAUGAAAAAGGGCCAUGCAUUACGGAUUUUAUAAGUUUUUACAGAUUUUUCAAAUUCUUCACCUGUCUUCACGAAAUCUAGUCUGACUUUUAAUUUGUCUAUGAAUGUGAAAUUUAAAAAAGAAAACCAGGUAAAUUUUGGAACCUGGCUUAUCACUAAAAAAAUUUGUGAAUCGACGGAUUUCUACCCCUAAUGAUGUCCCCCACUUUAAGCGUUAGAGGUAAAAACGUAGCAACCAUCAAAAGCAGCGAUUUUUAUAAAAGUUUAAAGCUAUUGACAAAGUAAAACCUUUUGUCUUUUCUCACGUUGUUUUCUUGUGGCUUGAUUUCAUGGCCUUUGUCUAGGAUUAGAAAUAAUUUAUUUCUAGUUACCGUACAGAGCCAUAAUUCCGCACAAAAUUGUUUAGACAAAUUCAAAUGUUUGCAAUUUUCUACUUUGCCCUUCGAAACUCGAAUCCCUCCUUAUUCUCUACCAAUUCAAUGUUGAGUUAGUGUGGGCCUCAUAACAUUAAUUUAACAUUGAAUCGGGAGCGAGGAAAAGUUAUUU